AUGUUCAGAUGUAACCAGUGUUCAGCGGCAACUGAGAAUUCACAUGAAAAGAAAAGGGGAGGAACUCAAGGUUGUGUUAAGAUGAUUGUUCCAUCAGGAAUGCAUUUCAGCUUACCCAAUGGAACGAUGCCCCCCUCUCCUCCCCCUGUAUUUGUCCUGAUCCACACAGAGCCAUUUUUUUGGGGGGGGGGGGGAGAAGAGGAAGCCUGGUUACUCCAGUGGAAGGCUGUGUCCAUGCAUAGAUCUCUCUUAGUGGAGAUUCCAAUAUUUUUCCAUCUCAUGCAACUUAGUAGAGAUGACAAAGUUGGGCAUAUUUUCUUCCAGAGGCAGUCAGCUGUUUUAUUUACUUAUUUGCAAAACUUUCUAUAG